AUGGCCAAUAACCCUCAGUAUCCUGGCAUUCAGCCAUUCCAGCAUCCUAAUACUAGCUCCAUAGAUUUACCCCGAGGCUUUGCUCCUUCCAUGAAUUUUCAGUUUCGUCCUACCAUUCAAGUUCCGCAGUCUGAGCAAGCUGCUCGCUUGUCUUCUCAGAAUUUUCAGUGUGUUAGCAGAGGUGGCACAAUGAUGAACAUAGGUUUUCCACCUCAAUCUUGUGCACCUCAGUUAUUACAAUCAAUGCACCACUCUCUUGAAAGACCUAGCCAAUCAAAUCAGGUGCAGCAUUUGCCACCAGGACCCCCGUCUCUAGUCUCACAGCUAAAUGGGCCAAUUGCUCCUGGCACCUCCCUGCCUCAGCCUUACGUACAAACUCCAGAUAUUAGCAUGACUGGCUUUGGUGGCCCUAGGGCGCUCUUCCCUUAUCCGAGUGCCACAUCUUAUGAAGGUUUGAGGGCACCAACUGAAGGCACUGGACCAAGCAGUCAUGGUCAAGCACAACAGAGAGCAUCUAUUAGCCAGACUACUGCACUAUCUUCUACCAUGAAUCCGACAUCUGAACAACCGAAGGCAGCUCUUUUUCAACCUAUUCCUUCUCAAGCGGCUCUAACAGAUUGGAUUGAGCACACCUCGGCGGAUGGAAGGAUAUAUUUUUUCAACAAGAGGACGAAGCAGUCUACUUGGGAGAAGCCUGUUGAGUUGAUGACUCUUUUUGAGAGAGCAGAUGCAAGAACUGACUGGAAAGAACAUUCAAGUCCUGAUGGAAGAAAGUAUUACUACAAUAAAGCUACCAAGCAAUCAACAUGGACAAUGCCCGAGGAGAUGAAGAUUGCACGUGAACAAGCAGAAAAAGCAUCUGUUCAAGGGCUUCAUGCAGAAGGCAUUAUAGAUACUUCUAAGGCGCCGUCGUGUUCUGAUACAGCAUCGACUGCUUUACCAAGCCAAACUGCUUCUACGCUUUCAACCUCUGAUGCCAGUGAGAAACGAGCUCUUACUCCUGAUUGGAAGCAGGCAGCUUCAGUUCCUGGAAGUUCUUCUCCAGCCGAAAAUGUUGAUCGAGUUCAGACUACUGCAGAAACUGAUGAUUCUUCUGCCACUGUGAUAAUAACUUCUGCUGCUACAUUGGUUAACAAGGAUAAAACAUCAGCGGAGAACAGUGGAGAUUCAGAUGGCAUGUCAGCUAAAAACCUAAAUCAAGGUAGUGGGACUGCACCAAAAGAAAGCCCGAAACCUGUGGUGGAACGUGAAAUAGUUGACAGUCAAUCGGAAGAAAAGCAAAUUCACCAAGAGGAUUUCUCUUGUAUCAGCAAAUCGGAAGCGAUGGAUGUCUUCAAAUCACUUCUAAAAUCCGCCAAUGUUAGAUCUGACUGGACAUGGGAACAGGCCAUGAGAGAAAUAAUUAAUGACAGAAGAUACGGGGCUCUGAAGACUCUUGGAGAGCGGAAGCAAGCCUUUAAUGAGUUCGUAGUUCAAAUGAAAAGAGCGGCAGAGGAGGAAAAGGCAGCAAGACAGUAUAAGCGAUAUGAAGAUUUCAAAAGGAUGUUAGAGGAAUGCGUGGAGAUUACUCCUUCGACUCGUUGGAGCAAGGCUGUGACUAUGUUGGAAGACGACGAGCGUUUCAAAGUUGUUGAACGAGAAACAGACCGUCGUAAUAUUUUUGAAGAUCAUGUCAGUGAACUAAAGGAGAAGGAGCGGGUGAAAGCUCUCGAGGAUCGCAAACAGAACAUAACUGAAUACAGAAGAUUUUUGGAAGCUUGCGAUUUCAUCAAGCCUAAUAGUCAAUGGCGCAAAGUUCAGGACCGCUUAGUAGUGGAUGAAAGAUGUUCACGUCUUGAGAAAAUUGAUCAGCUAGAAAUCUUUCAGGAGUAUCUGCGCGAUCUGGAGAGAGAAGAAGAGGAGAAAAAGAAGAUACAAAAGGAGGAAGUCAGAAAAGCAGAGCGAAAGAAUCGUGAUGAGUUUUGUGAGUUGCUAGAUGAACAUAUUGCAACAGGAGAGCUUACUGCCAAAACUAGUUGGCGUGAUUAUUUAGUGAAGGUAAGAGAUUUACCAGUAUAUUCAGCAAUUGCUUCGAACUCCUUAGGAGCUACUCCAAAAGACUUAUUUGAAGACGCCAUUGAGGAUUUGAAAAGAAAGUAUCAUGAGCUCAAAUCUCAGAUAAAGGACAUAUUGAAGCUGAGAAAGGUAACGUUAUCUACUGGAUCAAAAUUUGAUGAGUUCAAGGUCUCAAUUUCCAAGGGUAUCGAUCUCCCACCUAUCCCUGACGUUAGUCUAAAGUUAGUUUUUGAUGAUUUGCUGGAAAGGGCAAAAGAGAAGGAGGAGAAGGAAGCCAGAAAACAGACUCGGCAUACUGAAAAGUUGAUGGAUAUAUUUCGCUCCUUUAAGGAUAUAACUGCCUCUUCAUCAUGGGGGGAAUCAAAGCAUCUUGUUGAAGGCAGUGAAAAAUGCCGUUAUAUAGGAGAUGAGAGCUUCCGGAAGCAGACAUUUGAGGAUUAUGUGUCACACCUCAAAGAGCAAGCAAAAAGGAUCAAACCGAACAAGAAGGUACCCGAAAAUGUGAGAGAGGAACAUGACAAGGGGAAGGAUAAAUACGGAAGGGAGAAGGACAGAGUGCGAGAAAGAGACAGUGAAGAUCAUCAUAAGAGAAGUGCAGCUGAUCAUCACAACCAUGACAUGACUGAUCCCCAUGGAAAAGAACGUAGAAGAUCAGGAAGAGAUGGCCAUAAUAGACAUAGAGAAAGGCAUACUAGUUUGAGGGAAAAUGAAACAGACCAUUACCAAGAACUCCACAAAGCUGGUGGUGGCUAUAAGAAAUCAAGAGAACAGAGAGGUUUGGUUCCCGAAGCAGAGGAUGAAGGCAGGGAAAAGCGGCGUAGAAAAGAGGAAGAGAGUGUUGUGCAAAUAAAGGCUGCGGAAAAAGAAGAGGAGCUUGAAGAUGGAGAAUGUGGAAGGUAUUGA